CAAAGGAUCAGAAUGAAUCUAGCAUAAGCAUAAGCUACAGCUAGCUAGCACUGACUCAAAGACAGCGACAAUAGUUUAACCGUUUUGAACAAAUGAAUAACUUCAAAAAUGAAGGAGCAAGAGAGAUAGCUAUAUUUCAAAAUGUUUUUCACUUACUUAGCUGGAUAAUGUAGCCUACUCAAACACCCGGCUCAAACAGAGGGACACUAUGUUAGCUACCUGGCUAUGACUAUCCAACACCAGAACUCUUCCAAGGAUAAGGACCUCCCCAGGGUGUGGUGUAAGGAGACGUCCCCACAGUGCUGUUCAGGCUUCAGCUUCAGCAGAGAGAGCCAGUCUUUGGAUGCAGGAAGGCUGAAGGUGACCCAGGGUGUUGAUUCCUUCAUUGUGGAUGUCCUGGGCCUGACCCAGGGAGAGGGAAUGUAUUGGUGCGGUGUGCUAAGCAGCAAUAAAACCAUCAUCAAACUGGCUGAGGAGUACUUCUACAGCAGUUCCUACAUUUGGGACAUUCUUCGCUGGAUUCUGAUGCCUCUGCUCCCCAUGGUGAUCAUCUUUUUGUACUGUUACUCAAAAAGAAAAGACCAAAACAAGAAGGAGGAUGGAGUAUACAUGACCAUCACUAUGAUCUCAGAUCUGGCACAAAAUAAUCCACAUACUGAAGAAGAGAUAACUGAGCUGGACUGAUGGACAUUGCCAAAGGGCACACAACAUGCUAAAGGGGCUUUCAAUUCUAUGCUACAAAACAAGACAGGCAUUACAGCUUUUUACAGUUACAAACUGAAGUACUGUACCUCAAUAAAAUGUAUUAGUCUCCCUGGUGGUUACAAGAGCUAAGUGAAAAGAAUCUAAACCAAUAGUUUGUCGUAGCUUUCAUGAUUUUCAUAAUGGAAAAAAAUGGAAAUGCCAUCUAUGAAGAAAUAUGUUUGCAUUUAUUAGGACGAGCCAAACACAGGUUCACAUCCAGUGAAAAUAUGGAAACAUUUCAUGGGAUGAGAAUAAAUAUCAAUUUACCUUUCGAUACAUUAUUUUCUUAUUGUACAACAUAAGCCUCAUGCGCCUAUUGGAACUUUGCUCUUAGCAUUAUUUUUGCCUCAUGAACCACCCAUUGAAUGACAACAAUAGACAGACAAUGCAGCAGCAUUUUAGAUUAAUGCAUAGUUUCAUAUUUUGAAAGAUACAUUUUAAACCAUUGAAUGGAAUCUAACGUGACAAGAUUGUAAUACAUCUAAACGUCUGUUGUCUCGCCAGUUAAUGAACAUACCUUGUAACAUUGUCAAAAUAAAAGCUUCAUGUACUGUAUAUCA